UGAAACUGUGGCAGUCAUUUGGGAAGCAAACAAGAGAUGAUCAUAUUCAUAUUGAUAUGAGAGCACAUAUCAAACCCCCUUACUUUCUUUUAAAAUAGCUACCUUGAGAGAGCAUCUUGGAGAAAAAAAAAAAGAAAGAAGAGAGAGAUUAGAUCAGUAAAAAAGAGAGUCAAUGGUUUCCAGAGAACACAAAAGAGCUGUUGUUCUGCAUGAGAAGCUGCAACUACUUCGUUCUAUCACUCACUCUCAUGCAGACAAUGAUAAUGCAAUCAUCCUUGAUGCUUCGAAAUAUAUAGAGGAUCUUAAAGAUAAGGUGGAUAGAUUAAAUCAAGAUAUCAUCAAUAAUCCACAAAGUUCAACUAUCCAGGAUCUACUCCCUCAGGUUACAGUGGAAACCCUAGAGAAAGGAUUCCUAAUAAAUGUGUACUCAGAAAAGAGUUACCCAGGUUUGCUGGUUUCAGUCUUAGAAGCUUUUGAAGAACUCAAUCUUACCCUAGUUGAAGCUAGGGCUUCUUGUACCCAGAAUUUUCAAUUGGAAGCAAUUAGUGUGGAAGGUGACGAAAAUGGUGGAGAAAUUGUUGAUGCUCAAGUAGUAAGGCGAACAGUAUCGAAGGCUCUCAGCCAUUGGAAUACAAUUAGUACUGAUCAGCAAGACCAGUAAAUCAUCAUCAAUUGAUCAAAUCAGCUUAUAUUUAUUUAAUCACUUCCAAGCUUUUGUUUUUACAACUUUUUUGGGUUGUUGAUAAUUAUGUGCUUCUUUUACUACUAUAAUCCAUGCACUGAGUUUGUAGGUUACGAAUUUUGUGCGGAAGUUAUUAUGAUAAUAUAUGCUCACAAUCGAAAAUCGAAGAUUUUAUGUGAGCUUUUCUCUGCCCAGAAAA